ACUUUCAGUGUUUAUAACCUAUAAUGUUAACUCUCUUUCUCUCUCUCUGCACAGAUGCUGCCCGACCUGAACCAAAGAAGAAACACACUCAACUUUCUGACAGUGUGCCAGUGGGAAAAUCAACACAUUGCAGGCGGCCAGUUCUGUGAGGAUGGAAGGCUGGUGCACAGCGGCAGCAAGCGAUCUGGAAAGCUCACAGGAUGUUCUGGCUCAUAGUGAGGGGAACUGAAUGUAAGGGUCGCGAGGUUAUGCUUCAGUUCUAGAGGAGAUUGGUGUUUCCACAUCUGCAGUACUGUACGGUGUUGCUCAACUAUCCUCAUAGAAGGAUGUUAAUGCGUUGGAAACAGUUUAGAGAAGCUGGACGAGUGGCUUUCUAUGUUGUCCCAGUUUCACCUUUGGAAGGAGAGACACUGGAACUGAAUUGUCAGCGCCAAUACUAUUAUUGGAGGACAAAGCAGGACUUUACCUUUUAUAGAAAUGGAAAGAAGAUCCAUUCAAUGAAGUCUACAACAGAUGAAUUUUCAUAUCGCAUUAAAGUAAAAAGCACCGAUGACAGUGGAUUGUACAGUUGCAAAAUUGAUGGGUCAGAAUCACAACAUGUUCACGUUCAAGUUCAAGAACGCUUUGCCAAGCCCGUACUGAGGGUGGAGCCGGCGGCUGAAGUAUUUGAGGGGCUCCGGGUCACGCUGACGUGCAUUGCUCGGAGAGCACGGCGCUCCAUCUGGCUUCACUACACAUUUUACAGAGAUGGCAGCGCCCUGGAGACAGCGCCGGAUGCUGGCGGUGUGUACACGAUCAACGCAGCAGCUGCAAACGUUUCUGGGAAUUACGCCUGUGAAGCGAUCGAGACAAAUUCUGAUCUGUGGAAGAGGAGCGACAAUGUUCACAUUUCCGUUAAAGAGGCAUUCGCUGUCCCUAAGCUGACCGUGUAUCCUGAGGGACAGCUAGUUGAUGGUCAAUGGUUUAAGCUGAUGUGCUUGGUUGAAGAGAAUCUCUCCGAAGCUUCCUUGCGGUACAGCUUUUACAGAAAUGGGAUCCCUAUCCAGUCUCCCUCCGACCACAGCAAUUCCAUCUCUGAGCCAGCUCGUCCGGCCGACUCGGGUACUUACCAUUGCGAAGUUACGGGCAGUAAGGUGCGGAAACGCAGUAAUCAGCUCCAUUUGUCCAUCAGGCGAAUUCCAGUGUCAAAGCCAGAACUAGUAAUUCAAUCAGGAAAGGAGCUAAUCGAAGGAGAUAUGGCAUCCUUAAUCUGUUCAGUCUCCAAUGGCUCUCUGCCGAUUUAUUACCAAUUCUACAAGGGCUCAAGUGUGGAGCUGUACUGGGAGCUUUCCAACAGUACUAAGCUUGUUUACAACAUUGAAACCAUCAGCAGAAAAGACAAAGGGAUUUACCAUUGCUCGGUGAGAAAUGAGGUGACAGGCCCUUUGCACAAUGAAGACAUAGAGAUCACAGUGAUAGUUCCUGUCUCAGAUGCUGUGCUGAUACCCCGCACCAACGGGACUGAGAUACAGCCCGGGGACCGCCUUGUUCUCCGAUGCCUGGUGAGGGAAGGCACUGAGCCCCAGUUCAUUUGGUACCGAGACAACGUGCCGCUAAGGAACGGCAGUGCGAGCUCUCAUGUGACUGCCGAUGGUGGUGAGCUGGUUAUUCAUUCAUUCCGGAGAGACAGUGUCGGGAGGUAUCACUGUGCAGCGAUCAACACAGGAACCGACGGCACCAUUUUUAACGUGACCAGCGAUUAUAUCGAAUUCACGCUGCGAGGUAACAGUGACAGUCAGAUCAGACACAGACAGAGCACAGGGAAAGGCCAUUCGCUCCAUCCAGUGCGUGCCAGUCAGAAACAAUUAACCAUCUCAGUUAGGAAGGUGACGUGA